AUGUGCAGGUUGGCCCCGUGGGUCCUCAUUCUUAACUUUGAAAAUGUCACCAUUCACAGCAACGUUUCCAAGGAUUCACUAAGGACUCGCCUGCUGCAAUUAGAAUGCCAUUUUACCUGGGAUUUACUGAAAGAAGACAUCACCCUGCAGGAUUUGGAAGAGAGAGUCUGCAAUCAGAUUCAGUUCCUCACCACCAAAUCCAAAGCUACCUCAUACAACCUCCUGGCCUACACGAGGUACCUGCAAGGUCACAACGAAGAAGCCCUGGAAAGCCUGGGGAAGGCGGAGAAAGAGAUUCAAGGGGAAGAUGCGUCCGGAGCGGAAGUAAGAAGUGUCGUGACAUGGAGCAACCUGGCCUGGAUGAGUUACCACAUGGACCUCCUUGCCGAUGCCCAGGCUUACGCAGACAGGGUGGAACGCGCGUGCCAGGCCCUCUCCAGCCGCUUCCCCUAUAAAGCGGAGUGGCCCGAGAUCUUAACCGAAGAGGGAUGGGCGUCGCUCACGUUCGGAGGAAAGUAUUACGAGAGGGCCAAGGCCUGUUUCGAAAAGGCGCUGAAACAGGAACCCAACAACCCGGAGUUCAAUUCCGGUUUCGCCAUUGCCAUUUACCGGCUGGAGAACAUCGCCAGCGGAAACUUUCCUGCCGACGCUCCGUCCCUCCACGCUCUGAGGCGGGCGGUCCGGCUCAAUCCCGACGACACGCCCGUUCAGGUCUUCCUGGGGCUGAGGCUUCAGGACGUGAACCGGGAAGCCGAGGGAGAAAAGUACAUCCAAGAGGCUCUGGAACAAAUGUCUUCCGUCCCCUACGUCCUCCGCUACGCCGCCAAGUUCUACCGCCGAAAAGGCACCCUGGAGAAAUCUCUGCAGCUCUUGGAAGAGGCCGCCCGCUUUACCCCCAACUCUGGCUUCGUGCACCACCAGAAAGGCCUCUGUUACAGGGCCCGAAUAAAUAAAAUCAAGAAGGCCACCAAUUACCAGCUACGAGGACGGGAUAACGAGGACUUGAAGGAACUAAUCAGUCUGGCCACGAUCCAAUUUGAAAAGUUUGUGGAGAAGAAACCCAAGUUUGUGUUUGCCUAUAUCGACCUGGCCAACAUGUACGCCGAAGGGGAUGAUUAUGACAAAGCCGAAGUCAAUUUUCAGAAAGCGCUCCACCUAGAGAGGCUCACGGAUGGGGAGAAGCAACAGAUCCACCUCAACUACGGCCGCUUCCAGGAGUUUCACCGGAAAUCUCAAGCCGGUGCCCUCCACCACUACUUGGAAGGAUUAAAGAUCAAAAGGGAAUCCGAGGAGAGAGAGAAGCUGAAGGGGGCCCUGCGUAGACUAGUAAGCCGGAGACUGAGGUGCAACCCGGCAGAUGCUGAGAGCUUGGGUCUCCUCAGGUCCCUUGGCCAACUGAGCCGAGGAGGGGAUUAG